AUCAUUAACAGUGGGGUUGGGAGAAGAAGUCCAAACUCAGUUCCCCUGUGGUCACAGGCAGCUGAGGCUCCAGACCUCCUGCAGAAAUGCUGGGCCCUCAAAUCUGGGCCUCCAUGAGGCAGGGUCUGAGCAGGGGCUUGUCUAGGAAUGUGAAGGGCAAGAAGGUAGACAUUGCCGGCAUCUACCCACCCGUGACCACCCCAUUCACCGCCACCGCAGAGGUAGACUAUGGAAAACUGGAAGAGAACCUGAACAGACUGGCCACCUUCCCCUUUCGAGGCUUCGUGGUCCAGGGUUCGACUGGAGAGUUUCCGUUCCUAACCAGCCUCGAGCGCCUGGAGGUGGUGAGCCGCGUGCGCCAGGCCAUACCCAAGGACAAGUUCCUGAUAGCCGGUUCUGGCUGCGAGUCCACGCAAGCCACAGUAGAGAUGACUGUCAGCAUGGCUCAGGUGGGUGCUGAUGUCGCCAUGGUGGUGACCCCUUGUUACUAUCGUGGCCGCAUGAGCAGCGCUGCCCUCAUUCACCACUACACCAAGGUUGCUGACGUUUCUCCAAUCCCAGUGGUGUUGUACAGUGUCCCAGCCAAUACGGGGCUAGAGCUGCCUGUGGAUACCGUGGUUACAUUGUCUCAGCACCCAAAUAUCAUCGGCUUGAAGGACAGUGGCGGAGAUGUGACCAGGAUUGGACUGAUAGUUCACAAGACCAGCAAGCAGGAUUUCCAGGUGCUGGCUGGGUCAGCUGGCUUCCUCCUGGCCAGCUAUGCUGUGGGAGCUGUUGGGGGCAUAUGUGGCUUGGCGAAUGUCUUGGGGGCCCAGGUGUGCCAGCUGGAGAGACUCUGCCUCACAGGGCAGUGGGAAGCUGCCCAGGAACUACAGCACCGUCUCAUCGAGCCCAACACUGCGGUGACCCGGCGCUUUGGAAUACCGGGGCUGAAGAAAACCAUGGACUGGUUUGGCUACUAUGGAGGUCCCUGCCGUGCCCCGUUGCAGGAGCUGAGCCCCACAGAGGAGGAGGCACUGCGCUUGGAUUUCAGCAACAAUGGCUGGCUUUAAUGACAAGCAGGAGACGCCUGGCCUGAGCUCUCUGGGACUCUUGUUCUCACAGCCUGAGGAGGAGCAGGGCUUUAGGAAUUAGGGCUUAUUUUUGUCUGUGUUCUCUUGCUGUGAAGAGACACCAUGACCAUGGCAACUCAUAAAAGAAAGUGUUUAAUGGUGGCUGGCUUACAG